AUGCCCAAAAUCAUCAGCUCAAGCAUCAUCUCGGCCUCAGACCACCAAAAUGAAAAGCCGCUGCAUGUCUACUACUGCAUAUGCGGCGAAUACGUGCUCAUCAUUGACAAGGAGAUCGACUAUCUCCCCAAGAGGCCGACGGAUCGGUCGUACGUGCUGACGAACAAACGGGUCUUCCGAUUCAAUACCGUCGACGGGCCCACUGUGGUGAUCAAGAGGCCCUCGGGCUUCGAGAAGCAGUGCCGCCGUCACUGCCCACGAUGCCAGCUUCCGAUCGCGUAUCACCAGAACGGAGAAAACCAAUACCUGAUCGACGGCUCGGUCACCCUGGAACAGGGCGGGAUCCCCGAGGGGCUCGGCGAGCAUCUUGGCAAGCAGCUCGAAGCCCAGCUUGAGAGCCAGCUCGAGAAUCAGCCCGAGGUCGAUCCCAGCCGAGCAUGA